UCUCUGCUGGAUCGUCUACCUGGGAGAGAACCCCCUUAACACGGAAUAAAAUGUCGCUCUCAUCUAUCCUUUCUGCUGAUGCCAUCGACAGUGCUAUCAAGGACUGCCAAGCUCCAGACUCCUUCUGUGCUAAGAAGUUUUUCCAGAUAUGUGGCCUCACCAAGAAGAGCCCUCAGGAUAUAAAGAAGGUUUUUGGGAUUCUGGACAAUGAUGCCAGUGGCUUCAUCGAGGAAGAAGAGCUCAAGUUUUUCCUCCAGAGGUUUUGUCCCGGGGCUCGUGUUCUGACAGAUAAGGAGACCAAGGCUUUCCUGAGUGCUGCUGAUGAUGAUAGCGACGGUAUGAUUGGAGCAGAUGAGUUCCAAGCCAUGGUCUUGUCCUAAGCAGCUGGAUUCCAUGACUCCAUCUAGAUUUUUCCCCCUGCCAUCCUUAUCCAACUGCUUCAGGGGCUUUUACUGUAGUCAACCUUUGUCCCGCUAGUUAGAUGAAGCCUGAAUGGUCCAAAGAUAUCUAUGUUCUUCUCUUAUU